UAGAAGUUGGUGUUGUAGGCGCAAGGAUCAGUUUCGCCUUUUCUUACGCAGAUUUGUCCUAGUCCUAGUGAAGCUUUUGGCAUAAAAAAGAUUGUCCUUUUGUUUUCCCUGAAAAUUUUUCCUGAGAAAAUAAAUAUUACCAGAUUUGUACUGAGAAAAUAAUCACCCAUGAAUGAGGCCAUUGCACUCACUCGGUCAAUCUUCUUUCACCGCUUUAUACAGGGCUUCAGUCAACCAUUGUUUGGCGAUCAAAUCAGGAACAACUGCAAGCAUAUACACUGCCAACAAUAUCAUAAGUGGAUACGCAAAAUGUGGAGAGAUACGUAUUGCUAGCAAGAUGUUCGAUGAAACGUCGCAACGGGAUGCUGUGUCUUGGAAUACAAUGAUUGCAGGGUUUGUGAAUUUUGGGAACUUUGAGACUGCACUGGAGUUUCUAAAAUCCAUGAAAAGAUAUGGGUUUGCGGUUGAUGGGUAUAGUUUUGGAAGUAUACUUAAGGGUGUUGCUUGUGUUGGAUAUGUUGAGGUUGGGCAGCAAGUGCAUUCCAUGAUUGUUAAGAUGGGUUACGAGGGGAAUGUGUUUGCAGGUAGUGCACUCUUAGACAUGUAUGCGAAAUGUGAGAGAGUUGAGGAUGCAUUUGAGGUGUUUAAGUCUAUAAAUAUUCGUAAUUCUGUUACCUGGAAUGCUUUGAUUAGUGGGUAUGCUCAAGUGGGUGAUCGGGGGACUGCAUUUUGGCUAUUGGAUUGUAUGGAGCUGGAGGGCGUGGAGAUUGACGAUGGGACAUUUGCUCCACUUUUGACAUUGCUUGAUGACCCAGAUUUGCACAAAUUGACAACGCAGGUUCAUGCUAAAAUUGUGAAGCAUGGGUUGGCAUCUGAUACUACUGUGUGCAAUGCCAUAAUCACAGCGUACUCAGAGAGUGGGUCCAUUGAAGAUGCUGAAAGAGUGUUUGAUGGUGCUAUUGAGACACGAGAUCUAGUGACAUGGAAUUCUAUGCUGGCUGCUUACCUAGUAAAUAAUCAGGAAGAGGAUGCAUUUGAGCUCUUCCUUGAAAUGCAAGUGCUUGGGUUUGAACCAGACAUCUAUACAUACACUAGUGUCAUAAGUGCUGCUUUUGAAGGUGCACAUCAAGGCCAAGGAAAGUCCUUGCAUGGAUUGGUAAUCAAAAGGGGAUUGGAAUUUUUGGUACCGAUCUUUAAUUCAUUGAUUGCCAUGUAUCUCAAAUCACAUAGCAAAUCCAUGGAUGAAGCAUUAAAUAUAUUUGAAUCCAUGGAAAACAAGGACCAUGUCUCUUGGAAUUCCAUUUUGACAGGAUUCUCACAAAGUGGGUUAAGUGAAGAUGCAUUGAAGUUCUUUGAGAAUAUGCGAUCUCAGUAUGUAGUGAUUGAUCACUAUGCCUUUUCUGCUGUCCUUAGGUCUUGCUCGGAUUUAGCAACUCUCCAGUUGGGUCAACAAGUUCAUGUCCUAGUACUUAAAUCAGGCUUUGAGCCAAAUGGAUUCGUUGCCAGUUCAUUGAUAUUUAUGUAUUCGAAGUGUGGUGUCAUUGAAGAUGCUAGAAAAUCAUUUGAUGCAACUCCAAAAGAUAGCUCAAUUGCAUGGAACUCACUCAUAUUUGGUUAUGCGCAACACGGGCGAGGCAAAAUUGCACUUGAUAUCUUCUUCUUAAUGAAAGAUAGAAGAGUGAAGCUGGAUCAUAUAACUUUUGUUGCAGUUCUAACUGCAUGCAGCCACAUUGGAUUAGUAGAAGAGGGUUGGUCUUUCCUAAAAUCUAUGGAAUCUGACUAUGGGAUUCCACCUCGGAUGGAGCAUUAUGCUUGUAUGAUUGAUCUGCUUGGGCGGGCUGGGCGUCUAGAUGAGGCAAAAGCAUUAAUUGAGGCAAUGCCAUUUCAGCCAGAUGCAAUGGUGUGGAAAACACUACUUGCUGCAUGUAGAACUUGUGGUGACAUAGAAUUGGCGAGUCAGGUGGCAAGCCAUCUAUUAGAACUAGAGCCUGAAGACCAUUGCACUUAUGUUCUACUCUCCAGCAUGUUUGGGCAUCUCAGGAGGUGGAACGAAAAGGCUGGCAUAAAGAGGUUGAUGAAGGAGAGAGGGGUAAAAAAGGUUCCUGGCUGGAGUUGGAUAGAGGUUAAAAAUGAGGUGCAUUCCUUCAAUGCUGAGGAUCGAUCCCACCCUCAUUGUGAAGAGAUAUACCUGAGAUUAGGAGACUUAAUGGAGGAAAUCAGGAGGUUGGAUUAUGUUGCUAAUUCAGAAGUUUUUUUGCAUGAUUUUUUAUGAUGGAUAUGGUGAUUGAAAAGAGUGAUGAUUACCCUUGGUCCUAUCAUUGGAUGGUGCUUAGUAAUGGAUGGUUUGUAACUUGCAGUCAAAGGAAGAAGUCAGAAGAUAGCUUAUGAUAUACUCCUUGUGAUAAGCUCCAUCUUGGGAAACUCAUCAUCUCUCAGUUCUGAAGUAUCCCAUCAGAAGCUGAUAAGUAUGGCAAGUACUUUACAGAUCCUACUUUGGAGAAUAAUUGACUUAUGUGGUUUUCUUUCCCAUGCUCUAUGUAAUGUUGUUGCUUCUACUUGUUUUGUACUGUAAUUUUCAUUAAUCAAUUAUCAAUUAUUUUGAUGGUGAAGCACCAUUUGUUGGAGGAAAAUAAUAGUAAUAAAGUUGAACAUAAUUAAUUGAACUCUUUCACUUUAGAAAAACAUCCCUUUGGAACCCUUCGUGGUUGACAAGCUUACUAUUAUGAGGAAAAAAACUAUCACGGGGAGUGAAAUGGGAAAAAAAAUCCUUACAAGCAAACUUUGUUGGAUAUAUUGGCGAACUCCACUCUUGUUCCUUGCUUCUAUAAAUCCUAUAAUGCAAUACUUGAAAUCAAUAUCUAUCUACUAAUUUUUUAACGAGUUUGAGAUAGUUUUGGUAAUUAUGACUAUUAAUUAACUAUUUUGACCUCUUUAUAUCAAUGGUCGCAAUGAGUGGCUGCUGCUUCCUUUUAAUGGCUAAUUGUGGCAUAAUGUUCAGAUAAUGAGCUACCUUUCUGGUUCAUCUCCUUACAUAAAAAGUGGAGCAGUGUCUGUGCUAUCUGUGCUGGUAUAUAAGGAUACAGAUAUUUGUACUUCAGUAGCUGAUCUGGCCCCUUCUGUUUUAGCUUUGCUGCAAGGGAAAGCUGUUGAAGUUACAAAAGUGAGUCCCUAACUCAUAAUCCAGAUUGUUGGUUGCAGUUACUCUCCAUCACUCUGCUUCUCUUCAGGGCUUUUACCAAUUUAUUUGUUUUCCCACGUUCUUUCUUGUGUGCUUGCAUUCAAUCUUAAAAUCGUCGACACAACUGAUUAUAGCUUUAACUGCAACUAUUUCUUUGUCAAUGGCCUCAACUUGUGGUGAGUAUAUAAUUAGGGACGACUGGAAUGUUGGAAUUUAAGAAUGGGAAUGAGUCUGAGUCCUGAUGUUACAGAAAAAGGAAUUAGCUGUACCUUUGAUUGAACUGAGCCAGUUUCUUUUGUAGCUUUUUUGUUAGCUUUCUUGGCAUCCCGAAAUAGUAGUGUGUUUUUUUCUUUUUUCAAAAAUUGUUGUAGUACAAACCAUCUUAAGUUUUGAACCAUCAUUCAUCUUCUGGAUUAUUUGCUAACAAUUGGUAUUUUGGAUUCUGCAGUUCAUGCUAACUAUUGGUUCAACACUAAUGUAUCUCAUUAUAGCUCAUUUCAAUUGGCAUAUAUUGGUGGUAAUAGGAGCUAUUCCAGUUAUAGUACAGCUUGUAGGUCUCUCUUCAUUCCAGAGUCCCCUCUAUGGCUGGCAAAGAUUGGCCGAGAGAAUGACUGUGAACCUUAGAUGAGAAAAAGGCGAUAUUUCUCAGGAAGCAGCUGAUAUAUUUUGAGCAUUUUGAACUUCAGAUUCCAUGCAUUGCUGAAUGCAAGUUAAUGCCAUGAAGGCCUAAAGAUUCCAUGUAAACCAAACUCUAUGCUUUGUAAUGAAUUUGACGCCAAGUUAAUGAUUUGCAGCUA